UUCCUUUCCCUUUUCCUUUCACUACUUGUUUCUUCUUUUCCCUUUCAUCAAUCUCUCAAUCAACCCAAAAACAAAAAAUGCCUGCAACAACAGAGAAUAACCAGGGCUCGUUCCUGGGCCGAAUAAGCAUUCGAAGAAACCAAGUCAUGUCAAUGGACGGAAGCCACGACCAAGAGCUAGAAGACCUCGAGCUUUUCCAAAAGCACGUCAGCGACAGAUUCACCGAUCUCUUAUCAUCCACCACCGACGACCCCUCCGCCGACGCCCUCCUCUCAAUUUCCUGGCUCCGUAAACUCCUCGACGAGUUCCUCUGCUGCGAAGCCGAAUUCAAAGCCGUUGUCAUGAUGGGUCGCGACCCCAGCCAGAUCGUCAAACCCCCACUCGACAAACUCCUCCCUGAAUUCCUCGACCGCGUCGUCAAAUCCCUCGACGUUUGCAAUGCCGUCACACUAGGCCUCGACGCCGUCAAGAACCUCCAACGCCUCGCCGAGAUCGCCGUCGCCGCCCUCGAACAAAUCCCCAUCGGCGACGGCCAGGUUCGCCGCGCCAAGAAGGCGCUUAACUCCCUCAUCACGGCCAUGACGCAAGAGGACGGCACCAAGGGAACCGAGAGAAGCAGGUCAUUCGGCAGAAGAAACAACAACAAUAACAACAACAACAACAGCAGUACCAACCGUGGCGGUUUCCGGUCACUGUCUUGGACCAUGGCGCGGAACUGGUCCUCGGCGAAACAAAUCCACGCCAUGUCGUCCAAUCUGGCUGCGCCACGUGGCGCAGAGGCCUCUGGACUGGCGUUGCCCGUUUACAUAAUGAGCACUGUUUUGGUGUUUGUUAUGUGGACUCUUGUUGCGGCUGUUCCGUGUCAAGAGAGGAAUGGGCUUGCCACUCAUCUUGCGUUUCCCAGGCAAUUGGGCUGGGCCCAGCCCAUGAUUGGGUUGCAGGAGAAGAUUGCGGAGGAGUGGAAGAAGAAGGAGAAGAAAGGGUCGGUUGGGUUGUUGGAAGAGAUGCAGAGGAUGGAGAAGCUGGGGCAGUCUCUUGUUGAUUUCGCUGAGUCGUUUCAGUACCCGGCUGAAACGGAGCGUUUGGAUGAGGUGAAAGCACAGGUUGAGGAGUUGGGAGAGAUUUGCAAAAAGAUGGAGGAAGGGUUGGAACCUUUGCAGCAGCAAAUUAGGGAAGUGUUUCACAGGGUUGUAAGGAGCAGGACUGAGUUUCUUGUUGUUUUGGACCAAGCUGGGAAAUUGUCCACUCCUCCUUUGUAAAGUUUUUAAACAUUCAACUUCUUCCCUUUCAUCUUUUUUUCUUUACCCCUUUCGGAAGGGCUAUAACCGUAUAGAUCUUGAAGUUGAAGUCUAAUUUUAUAUUCUUUUCGAAGUACGGAAAGCCUACUGGUCUCAGAAAGGUUAAUUUGUUAAAGGGUUCCCUUCAUUGACUAUUCAUGAUAUAGGGCUCUACCUUAGCCUUAGCCUACAAUGUACAUCAGUAUAGGUUUUGUUUCCUUUUUGUGUGAAGGAGAUGGCUGCACUCCCUAAUCUGUGGUGAUU